GUCAAAUGCAAAAGCAUGCCCAAAUACCCUUGUAAGGGUAUUUCGUCCGACAACGGUGAUGUGGACGCGGACUAGUGAGCAUCCUGCGUGUAUCGAGUACCUGGAGCUGUUGAUCCUGCAGGCUCGGAGAACGGACGUGGAAGGUGAUCUCCUCGGUUUUCUCUUCGGAUCGGUACGGCCGGACCAUCGCCAACCGAUUACUCAAGAACUCGUCGUUCCGCUCGUGCAACUGGCUGACGAUCUCUCCCUCGAUAUCGUUUCACAAAGCGACGACAACCCCGCUCCUCACGUCAUCACGCGGACAUUGGCGCCGUAUCUUCAGUGGACUGCGUGCUUGGAAGAACCCGGGAGUGACAGCACUUUGCCAUCGCGACAGACAUACUUGAAGCCGUACGGAAUCAUCGAUCGCGCCUUCUAUCCAAAUGAAGAGCCUGAGGAGGCGCUUGAAGGAGAAGAGGAAGCCACUAAAGAAGAGGGCGACACCGACGAGGAAACGUCGGAGGAGGGAAGUUACAAUGAGUACAGCGAAGGGGAGCAGAGUGAAGAAGAGGAGGAGGCAGAAGAAGAAGAAGAAGAAGAAGAAGAAGAAGAAGAAGAAGAAGAAGAAGAAGAAGAAGAAGAAGAAGAAGAAGAAGAGGAGGAGGAGGAAGCCGGAUCGGAGUGGGAGGACUUACCGGAAGAAGCGGCGCGAACAGGCACGGAGGCGGAAGAUCCCGAAGCGGCCCGUAGAAGAGAAGAGAUCGCUGCCGGGAAAAGCCAGCUGGAGAUUGCCAGCGGGGCGAGCCUGUGUAUCAACGACGACCCAACCAGGGAUCUGGAGCCCCCCGAGACCGAAGAUGGCAGAUCAGCAACCGCGGCUCCGAGCGCAUACGGAGCCAAUCCCCCUCCCCCUCCACCCCAACCCGUCCCCCAGUUUGUCCAUGUACCGAUGCGGGGAAUCGGCCUUCGUCCCCGGUCAUUAUCCCGCCGUCCCCUUGAUUACCUUACCUUCUCCUAGAUCUCUACCCCUGUCACCUUCCCUCGCAACCCCUUUCCUCCCAAUACCUUCCGUCACUUUUACUCCACCCGUCUCGCCGUCACCGUCC